AUGUUUAUUGGUGGCCUCAACUGGGAGACGACUGAUCAAUCUCUGAGGGAGUACUUCUCUCAAUUCGGAGAGGUUGUUGAGUGCACCGUCAUGAGAGACAGCAGCACCGGACGAUCAAGAGGCUUUGGCUUCCUGACGUUCAAGGACGCCAAGACAGUGAACAUUGUUAUGGUCAAGGAACACUUUUUGGAUGGCAAGAUCAUUGACCCCAAGCGAGCGAUUCCUCGCGACGAGCAGGAAAAGACCAGCAAGAUCUUCGUCGGUGGUGUCAGUCAAGAUACGACCGAUCAAGAGUUCAAGGACUAUUUUGCCCAGUUCGGCCGUGUGGUCGACGCAACCCUGAUGAUGGACAAGGACACCGGUCGCCCUCGCGGUUUCGGUUUCGUCACAUUUGAAAGCGAGGCCGGCGUCGAUGCAUGCCUCAGCACUAGUCUGGAGAUUCACGGCAAGCCGAUUGAGGUCAAGAAGGCUCAGCCGCGUGGCAAUCUUCGCGAAGAAGAAGAAGCCGCGCGACGCGGAGGGAAAUUCAGGAAGGGUGAAGACGGUGCCCAGGGUGGACAAGGCGGAAUGGGAGGCGGCCAGAUGGGUGCCGCAGGUGGCAUGACGCCGCAAGUCAUGGCACAGUACUUCCAACGCAUGCAACAGUAUUUCGCCAUGAUGCAGCAACAGAUGGCUAUGAGCCGAGGCAUGGGCCCCAUGAACCCGGCCAUGAUGCAGCAGAUGAUGCAAAUGCAGCAGAUGCAGCAGAUGCAGAACCAGAUGAUGGGUCGUGGUGGAGGCGGCAACGGACAGCAAGGCAUGAUGCAGCAGAUGACGCCUCAAAUGAUGCAACAGAUGCAGCAGAUGCAACAACAGAUGCAACAACAGAUGCAGCAGCAGAUGGGCCAGCAGGGCGGCCCCCCUUCUGGACCUAGCGGCAGCUUCAGUCCCCAGCAGCAGAUGUUCGACCCGUCUCAGGGAGGCCAGCAGCUGCCACAGCAACCCGGCGGCGGACAAGGACCGCGCCGGGUAGGCAGCAGCGGCGGUGGAGGUGCUCCCCGCGACCAGUACAACCAGGCUGGUGCAUACGCCAUGGGCGGCGGUGGCGGUGCUCCGACAUCUUGGGAGGGCAUGUACGACGACGUUCCCCAACCGAACCAGGGCGGCCGGGGAGGUUUCAGAGGCGGUCACCGCGGUGGCUCUCACAGCGGUGGCUCCCACCAGGGAUCACCCGAUCCAGCGCAUGCCCCGCCUGCCAACGCUCCUACUGGACCCAAGAACGCGGGCAGACCCGGCGCUAACUACCGCGGCGGCGGACGGAGCAGCAACCGGGGAUUCCACCCUUACCAGCGUUAG